CUUUUGACAACAAUGCAGUCCUACACAUCGAGUGUGGCUGUGACUGGCGAAAUGCCGCAGUCUAUAUGCACCCCUUAUGCUCUUUGAUAAAUCAUUCAUAUUCUCAUAUGUUGCUAUCUUGUCUCUCAGUAAUCUGUUCAACAAAUAGUCCUGGCACAUUCCAGGCUCUGGAUUCCAUUUCCACGAUGGCUGUCCCGGGACCAAACUUAUAUUCAUUUAUACCGCCAACCUCCACGCCGCCAACCUCCACGCCGUACACCAUCACUUCCACCACAGUGAGCGUAGUAGCUCUCGAAACAAGUAACAUCCCUAUUCCGUCGCAAAUUAAAUCGGCUCCCGAAUGUGCCAGCCGCUGGGCCCAAACGUACCCACCGGGAGACUCUCGCACCUUUGUUGUCAACUAUGGUCAGGGCGAGCUCGAAGCAUCAUGCCAGUUGUAUUCGGAAAGCGCUUACUACAGCCCCGCUGCAUGCCCAACAGGGUACACUCUCGCUCAAGUAACCUCUAUGCAUCGCGUAGAUCCCAUCGGCAACACGAGAGAUUCUUGGGAGGGCAAGUGCUGUCCAAGUGCAAUGUAUCACUUCGACGGUGAUAGCGUAUUUCAAGGACCAAACCUUUGCUUCAGCUCCAUCGAAACACCCGUCUCUGUUGUAGCUUGGAAAACUAGCAGCGCGAUUGAAGACCCCAACACAAUCCCAACCCCACAAACGAGCGACAAAAUCAUAUCCACCGCUACAUUAAUACCUUCCAGGACAACCCCUCCCGCCAGGACCCCUGCAGCCUCACCAGACUAUGGCGCCCUUGCCAGUGCGAGCACCGUCAACGACUGCAAGAAAAGGAAACGCACCGAGAACGAACUUUCGAGCGAAACCAAACCCCUAGAAACUAUCACAAUAUCCCAGGGGUUCGCCAUAGCCAAAGGAAUAUCAGUUGGCUGGGCUGCCAGUGAUUUGUCCAAAUUCCCACCCGAAUACGUGAACUCGCUCUCGCAACAAUUAAAUCUGGCGCCACCAUCUUCGACAUCAUCUCCACCAUCCUACUCCAUACCUACGAACCCUUCCUUGCCAAAAGAUCCACCGCGGGAGUCAUCGAAAGUUCCGCCGAGUGAGCCACCAAAAGGAUCGCCCACGGAAAAUGUCGCGAGCGCGAAGAGGAAAGACAUUAACCUAAGCGCUGGUGUAAUCACUGGCAUAGUCAUUGUCACCAUCGCAUUCGCGACAGCAAUCAUAAUACUCGUGAUCUGUUUGCUGCACAGCCGGCAUGGGACUCCGGUACAAGAUGAAGAUAAAGACCAGGAAGUUACUAAGAAAGAGAGAGAAUCGACGUGGAACAAGCGCUGGUUAGGAGGGCGGUGGAGAGGCGAAAUGGACGGCACGCCUUUGCGUAGAGAACUUGAGGCGAAUGAGCGCCGUUUAGAGAUGGGCGCAGGAGUUACAGAUGAGAAUAGAAGGCAGGGAAAUCCUAGCGUGCAUUUUGUCCGAGGAUCGCCGCAGGAGCUGGAUGUAGGGAAGAAGUGGAGUUGCAUUUCCUCUACUAAAGAGAAGGUUGGUUCUGGUGUGAUACGCUAUGCGUGA